AUGAAUCAAUCAACAAAUAUUAAAGUACGUGGAAAUUAUCAUGAUAAUAUAUGUGGUACAAGUCAAGAAGAAAUAUAUAAUCUUGAUUUAUGGAUGUUUCCAAUGGAUAAUAAAAUAGAAGAAUCAAUAUUUACAUUUGAAUGUAUUAUUAUUCAAGAAGUUCAACGUGUAAAAUCUAGUCGAUGGUCAAUGAAAAAAACCAUUUAUGACAAAUUAAAUAUACAAACUGAUUUACCUAAUACUGAUCAUAAAACAUAUUUAAAUACCAUUGUAAAAGAUUAUUGUAUGAAAAGAGUAUCGAUUGAUUCACCAAUAACAAAAGAUAUAUCACAUUUACUUCCAUCACCUAAUCAAAUUCUUAAUAAUGAACUUAAUUCUAAUAGUAAUCAAGAUUUAAUUGAAUCAGUCGAACCAUUUAAUGAAUUAGCUGCUUAUUAUGCUCAAAUGGCAAUUAAAGAUCUUGAUUUAAAUCAACAAUAUCAUCCAUUAUUAAAUGCAUCACAACUUCGUCUUAUUCAAUUAUUCGAACGUUUUCCUCGUUUAAAACCAUUUUUAAUAAUAUUAAAUAAACAUGGUUUACAUUUAAAAGAUAUUCUUAGUCGAGAAAAAACUGGAUUAGAUAUAUUUGUUGAUGAUGAGGAAAUUGGAGAAACUUUUCAACAAAUUAAAACUCUUGUAAGUGCAACUAAAACACAACAAAUUUUUAAUACGAUUUGUCAACAUUUACAAUUACAAUAUGAACAACAAAUUAAAGACAAUUCAUUUGAAAAUUAUCGAUUAUGUAUAUUUUGGUUAAGUGAUAGUUAUUGUUCAGAUGUUUCACCAAUUCUUGAUCUUUUUCUUAAUUUAUCAGAACAAACAGGUUUAUUAAUUGAUUUACAUUAUGCAGAUUCUGAUCCAAUACAACUUGCAAAUGCUCAACAAACAUUUAAUACACAUCUAACUAAUCAAACAAAUUUAUCUAUUAUUUAUGAUGAAACAAUUGAUUUAUAUCAUAGUAAAACACUUGAAAAAAUACCAAUAGAAUCAUUUGAUAUUAUAUUUUCUGCAAAUCAACUUCUAGGAAAUCAAGAUUUAACAAAUUCUUUAAUAGAUCUUCGUCGUUUACUUGUUCCUAAUGGUCUCCUUUUAUUACUUGAAUUAGUUCAUAUUCCUCUUUAUUUUCAUCUUAUUUUUGGUUUUUUUGAUCAAUGGUGGUCAUCUGAUGAUAAUAAUAAUCGUGCAUUAAAGAAUAUUCAACCAUGGACAACAUUAUUAAAACAAAUCGAAGGAUUUAAUAUUAUUGAAUCAACAACAAAUCAAAAUGAAAGUACAUCAAUUAUUUGUCAAAAAACAAUAUCUAAGGAAAUAUUACAAAGACUUAAUGAAAGAAAAAAUCAAAUAUGGUUAAUAUUUAAUAAAGAAGAUAAUAAUAAUAAAAAUAAUUUUAGUCAUAUUCUAUCAUCAUUAUUACCAUGUUCAAAUAUCAAAAUUUUUGAUAUUCAUAAUUCAACUCUAGAUAUGAUUUGUUCUGUAAUACCAGUUCUAUUAACUACUUAUAAACAAGCAUCUAUUAUUCUUGCAUGGCAACUUGAUCAAGUAUUAUUUUAUGAAAAUAAUGCUGAUUUAGCAUUUAAACAAAAUGAAGAACUUAUAUGUGGAACAUUAUCACGUAUUCUUCAAACAAUUCAAAAAUCAUCACCAUAUUUUUAUCCAUUUGUAUAUAUUCUUACAGAUCAUGCUCAAUUUAAUAAUGAUUCGAAUCUUAAUAUAAUUGCAUCAUCAUUUAUUGGGCUUGCACGAAGUUUAAUAACUGAAUAUGAACGAUAUUGA